CUGAGCGUCUUGGUUGCCAAGAGCAAAGAAUCUUACACAUUCAUUUGGACUUUGAGGCAACAAGGUUAACCCAUUAUUCUGAAACGGUCUAUGCAAGUACUUUAGAUUUUAAGCAAAGGUUAAAAUAGCCUGCUAGCUAACGUAAACUAUGGACGUAAUGGCGCGCUCACUGACAUCCAGUGCUUCGUCCAGAUUACAACAUUCUUCUGUUGAAGAGGAGAAGGAUGACACUGCCUACCUUGCUGCAUUGACAGCUCAAAGAAAUGCCAACGCUUUCUUUGAGAAGUACGACAAGGGUGAAGUUCAGGAGUUGCUGAGCCUGACCUCUUGUAACUGGUUUCUGGGUGGUGAUGACUUCACUCAGCCAGUUGAAAUGCCGCCGGGCAUAAUCAAACAAAUGAGGAACUUCACUAACUCAAACUGUAUCAUUCUCGCACCUGUGGAUGUGCGAGUCCCUCUUGAUUACAAGAUGGUCCAUCAAAUAGUCAGAGAGCUCACAGUUGGCAUCUAUUGUUUCAACCAAGUGCCAUGUAUAAGUCUUGAGCCCAACUUUGACCAGAGCACCUCGUGCCAACUGUCUCCAGCAUAUUAUGAUACGAAAGUAGGACAAAUUUUGGUUAAUGUUGACUACACCAUCAAGGCUCUUUGGCAUGGAGCCAAUAUUCCUAGAGAAAAUCGCAUUCGCUUCUCUGAACUCUGGAGAAGCAGCAUGGGUGUCGACUCAAAUGGAGUGCCCCAGACAAAGAAAGAUGUGUUUGCAGAGUUUCUCACUGCAGGUCUUCAGGAUGUCUCAGAGGAGCCCUGUUACCAGGGCAUAUACAACAUGGAAGUCAAUGUGGAUCCGACCUAUGACCCCAACAGUGCAGAGGAGGAGAGGCUUUUUUCCCAACACCAGGAGAGCAUCCUGCUUAAGCUGACAUCCUACCUGUCCUCUGUCCGACAGCACGGCAACCUGUUUGUGUUCGAGGGCGCCCACAGUCUGGCCAGUGUGGUGAGGCUGACUGAGGAAAGGCUGGAGCUGGCCACCUAUCAGAGGCUGCAGCAGAGGCUGGGUCUACAGGCAGGCCUGGUUAGGGGCUGCUUGGAGAGGAAGGCAGAGGUGUGCAGAGACCUGGCUUACCUGCGCCUCCUCACUUUCCUGGUGCCCUUCCUGGUAGGGCUAAAGAAGAGGAUGAAGAUCCCAGACCUGGCGCAGAUGCUGCCGGCUUACUCAGAUGAUAAACUGAAGACGGAGAGGGAAUUACCACCAUUGCUCCUUGGACCUGAUUUCGCCUGUAAACAUUUUCCGUACAAGUCAGAUGAGUAUUUUCACCUUCACGGUGGGAUUGAAGUUGACAUCGGAACCCCUCAGCUAGAUGAAGUCUCUGAGGAAACAAAGGAAGCCUUUGCUGCACUGCAUAGUCUUGCAGUGGAUCACCUAAGAGAUCUGCUAAGUCAGGACACCACCUACAAAGAGCACUUCCCCGUACCAGUCCACAAGGUCAACGGCAAUAACUAUCAUGUGAUCUCCAUUGAGGUGGGCUCAUUCUACCCUCAGCCUAACGUGGUUCCAUGGUGGGAGGCCCUCAACACUGCCAUCAAAACCCUGAGAGGGAAGAGACUGCCCCUCUCUGACGUCCAGCUGCAUGAGCAGUUCAAGAAGACAUUUGGCUACAAAAAGGCCAUCAAUUGCAAGAGUGUGCCAUUUGGCCUGCGUGCUGCGGCAGAGCGUGGCCUAUCCGCUGUGUUCUACUCGCUGUGCCGCCGGAACUCUCCAUCUCACCUGGGAGUCCUGGACGAGCAGGGCUACUCCCUGCUGCACCACGCCGCCAAACACAACCACACUCACAUCAUCUGCCAGCUGGCCACCACCGGGGUCAACCUCAACCAGACAAGUAGUGGCAGGUUCAGCCGCACAGGCUCCACUCCCAUGCACCUGGCUGCUCAGUGUGGUUCCCUGGAGGCCAUCAGCUGUCUGCUGGCUCUGCAGGCCGACCACCGGCUAGUGGACCGCAGGGGCUGGAUGGCUGUGCACUUUGCUGCCUACUACGGCCAGGUGGCCUGCAUACAGGCCCUUUGCAGGAAAGACCCAGAGCUGGUGGAGAUGCAAACCACUGCCGAGUACCGCAGCUGCCCGUUGCUCCUGACGGCCACGUCUGGCUCCGUAGAGGCCCUGGACUACAUGCUGUCCGCGGGAGCCAACUGGAGGAGGAGGGACAGCAAGGGCAACGACGUCGUGCAGCUGGCCGCCCUCUACUUCCACCCCAAAGUCCUCAGGCACCUCAUCUCGCUGGACCUGCCGGGCCUACCUGUCUGGAAGAUCCUCGUGGAGAUGCUGCACAGCGAGGACCACCGCAGGCUGGAGAUGGCCAUCCGCUGCCUGGAAGCUCUGUGUGUCACGGCCAAGUCCUUCUGGAGGGAUAUCAUGGAUGCAGGAGGGAUCCCGGCCCUGUUGGAGCUAAUGCGCAGCACGAGACCAGCGCUGCAACGUAUGGCUGCCGCCGUGGUGUGUCACAUCUCGGAGAGGACGCCCGUGUGUGAGGCCCUGGUGCGCUAUGGUGCCAUGCCGGUUCUGGUCAAUCUGCUGGGCAGCCAGCAGGCCGAGCUCCACUCCCGCUGUGCCCUCAUACUGGCAGACCUGGCAGGGCACAGUGACCAGUACCAGUCCCUCAUAGCCCAGCAGGGUGGAGUGGCCCCGUUGGUGAGGCUCCUGGGCUCGGACCUACAUGAUGUGCUGGUGAACACUGUGCGGUGCAUCAAGGCGCUGUGUGUCCGUAGCCCCGGCAAUCAGACGGCCGUGGCUUUAGCUGGGGGGAUUCCACAACUUGUGGAGCUCUUGACUGUCAGAUCAGAAGUGUUGCAAGAGGAGGUGUGUGCGGCUCUGGCUGAGCUGGCUAAGGGACACCGGGAGAACCAGGACACCAUCUGUGGAGUGGGCGCCGUGGCCCCGUUGGUGCUCAUACUGCGGGGGAGGAAGAUAGCCGCGCAGGUGACGGCAGCCAGAGCCCUGGAGGCCAUCGCUGAUCACAACCCUGCCAUUCAGGCCCGCUUUCUGAAGAAGUCGGCCGCCAAGCACCUCCUACGACUCUUAAAGGUGUUCCAGGUGGAGGCAAGGGAGCAGGGGGCCGUCUCUCUAUGGGCCCUGGCAGGACACACUCUGAAGCAACAGAGACUCAUGGCAGAGCACAUCGGCUACCACUUCAUCCUCGAGCUCAUCCUCUCCUCCUCCGACAGGAUGCAAUAUGUCGGCUGCCAGGCAGUUAUAGCACUGAGCAGGGACAGUCGGAGCCACCAGGACGGGCUGUGUAAAGAAAAUGGGGUGCCCCCGCUGGUUCGUCUACUACGGGGGUCUCGGACCACAGAGAGUACCCUCCUCAGCGUUAUACGAUCCCUGGGCAUCCUGUGUAUUGGAGGGGCACACACCAAUAACCCAAACAGCCAGAGGGUCAUAGCUGAGGAGCAAGCCAUUCCAACUCUGUUAGAACUUGUGAAGCACCAAGAAUCACUGCAGGUCAAGGUCCAAGUGGCUCAAACGCUGGCCUGUGUGCUGCUGGGAAACCAGGACCUACAAACAACCUUCUGGGAAAAAGAGGAGUUUACCUACGAAACAGUUCUAGAGUUGCUGCGAGUGCCAGAUCAGGACAUCUGCCUGGAGGCUGGUUAUGCCCUGUCUCUGUUUGCCUACAACAACACCACCCAGCAGGCAGCCAUCCUGCAGAAUGGUGGCAUUCCCAUAGCCAUGUACGAGCCCUUCUUGAACUCCAGGAACGAGAUGGAGAGGGCCAAAGCUGCUUUUCAGAUAGUUGUGCUGGCCAAAGUGAUCACAGACACGGACCAGGUGACUCUGUCUGCCAGAGGGGUGACUGUCCUUGUAGACCUUCUGCAGUCCACUAAUCCCAACACUGUGGUCCUGACAGCUCAGUUGCUAGCCAGUCUGGCUCACACCCGGGCAGGUAUUCCUGAUGCUAUUGUCACCAUGGGAGCUGUUGGUCACCUAUGUGCUCACCUGUAUUCUGAGGAGGAAGAGGUGCGAACGGCAUCUUCAAGUGCCCUCGGCUACCUCACCUUUAACCGUCAUGCACAUCGCCUCUUGUUGGUGGAAUGUCGAAACACUCCAUCUAUGUACAACCUUUUGACCCAGCAUCUCAUCGAGGAUGCCAAAAUCUCACACAUUUUUACUGCAGAGUUCGAAAGGCAGAAAAUAGUGGGGCUGCCAUCACUAAGUUUGGAGAUAAAUGGUGGCCCACCUGUUCCUCAGCGCAACAAAAAAGGUUUGUCCAAAAAGACAAGCCGCACUCCUGGCCUGUCAGUGUCUGCAGGCCACUUUGGGAGGACCAGCUCGGCUCCAGUUCUCCAGCUUCAAUCCCAGAGGAGCAGGACAGCCAACCCCAAGGUUAGGCUGCAGGGAGAGGGGCCAACCCAUAGCUCCCAGCCCACCCUGGAGUCACUGAGGCUGGAUAAGGACAGCCAGUGGCCCCGGCAAAAGCAGUGACCCUGGAGGUCAGCCUAGGAUCUAGCCUGACUGGGCUAGCUUAAAGUUGUAGUGAAAUGAUGACUCAGGGAGCCAUUCUAUUUAUGUUCCAGAUGAAUAUAUUACAUUUAUAUUAUUAAUGGGAAUGACUGACUUAAUGGUAUAAUAUAUUGGAAGUCGAUUGAAUAAAAAAAAAUAAAAAA